UCAUAUUAUAAUCGUAUACCCUAGUUUAAAGUUGACCGCACAGGCAAACAUACAUUCAAAUGUGUCUACCUAUCUAAAGGCAUAGAAGAAACGAUUUCGAACGGGAAGCCAAUCAAAUGUAGUACCGUAUAGAAUUUGGACAACUAAAUGAAUACAGGGCCUUCCAUUUGUGGCAAUGUUACUUAUACUGGUAAAUCUCUACUAACGAGACUAACAAUAUGAGUGCAAACCUGGUCGAAGAAGUAAACCGGAGGUCGAAGGGGCAUGCAGAUGACCAUGGGCAUCCACUGGGAGCCAGAGGAGAAGUACGACCUGCUCUUCAGUUUGUCCAUGAAGUCGAUCCCAAAAAUGACAUUUGUUGUGACUGUGGUGGCGUACUAGAAGAAAGUAUGCAGACUGUUUGCGGACAUAGAGUGUGUGAAAGACACAUAGAUGAUAAGCUACAAAAAGGAAAAAUAUACAUUUGUCCAGGUGGAGAUAAAGAUUGUGUUGAAGUGAAUAAGGAGAACAAGCACUUAUUGACUUUUCCUGAUCAUUUUUCAAGGAAACACAUCUCGACGUUGCUAGUGUAUUGCUCAAAUAAGGAACAAGGCUGCCCAGAACAAAUAGCUUUGAAAGAUUUACAGGAUCACAAUACAAAAUGUGACUAUACGAGGGUUAAAUGUAAAAAUGCAGGAUGUGAUGAGCUUAUCUUUGCUAAAAGUAUGGAGGAACAUAUCAAAGACGAGUGUGUCUUCAGAAUCGAAAUAUGUCAAAAAUGUAAUGAGCCAACACCUCAUGCACUUAUUAGCGAUCAUUUAUCGAACCAUUGUUGUGAAGAAUUGAUAACGUGUCCUUAUAAAUGUGGCGUCGAGUUCAAAAGGAAGGAUAUUGAAUCUCAUGAGACAUCGUGUACUUCUAAACCUAACACUUGUGAAUUAAGAUCCUUGGGAUGUGACUUUAAGGGCUCUCGGGCAGAUCUCGAAAAACACGAAUCUCUUAGUAACAGAGAACAUCUAGGAUUGUUUGCCAUCAAAUUAGAGAACCACUCUCUCGAAUCAAAGACACUAGAGAAACGUAUUGAACAAAUGAAAAACGAAAAAGAGAUAUAUGAAAAGGAAAUGAAGGACCUGGCUCAUAAGAUGGGAAAACUAGUAAAUCAAUACAGCGAUAUGAAUUCUAAAGUACAGAAUAUUCAGAAAGCAAUGGCAAAUCAUUGUGAAAAGGUUAUAUCAUUGGAGGAUAAAUAUACAUCAUUUAAGUCUGAAACUGAAUCACUUCGGGUGGACUCUAUGACCAAUAUGGAACAAAGACUACUAGUUUUAGAGAACAAAGACGAAAGGAGACCUCACUCGCCUGGUAGGGAAGGAAGAGCCUCUAAAGAUGUCGUAGAUAACUUGAAAACGCAAACAAGACAAUUGGACAGAAUGGUGGGCCUCCAUGAUGUACGUCUAGCGGAAGUUGAUCUCAGAUUGGACUGCAAUGAUAUUACAUCAUAUGAUGGACACAUAAUUUGGAAGAUAACAGGAAUU